AUGGGUUUACUGACAGUCGUCGCGGCAGCUGCAAAGUCCGCACUCACCAUUGCCGGAAUAGGCAAGCUCACCUUCAUCCCGAUCAUGUUAGCAGCAAUGGCUUACUUCAACUACGACAUGUUAGACCCAGAAAAUCGACCAUUUAACCAGAAGCAGCUAAGGGACAAAUAUGAUUUUAUUGUCAUCGGUGGCGGAUCAGCUGGAUCUGUAUUGGCCAACCGAUUGUCUGAAGUUGAAGGCUGGAAUGUGCUGCUAUUAGAAGCUGGAGGGCACGAGACUGAGAUCUCUGACGUUCCUUUGUUGUCACUAUAUUUGCACAAGAGCAAACUGGACUGGAAAUAUAGGACACAACCACAAGAUACAGCAUGUCAAGCGAUGAUCGACAAGAGAUGUGGAUGGACUAAAGGCAAGGUCCUCGGUGGGUCAUCGGUCUUAAACACGAUGCUCUACAUCAGAGGUAACAAGCGUGACUUCGACCAGUGGGAGUCUCUGGGCAACCCAGGCUGGGGGUAUGAGGAUGUACUACCCUACUUCAAGAAAUCUGAAGACCAAAGGAAUCCGUACUUAGCAAAAGAUACAAGACAUCAUAGUACAGGUGGAUAUUUAACUGUUCAAGAUUCACCUUACAAUACUCCACUCGGAGCAGCUUUUCUCCAGGCAGGAGAAGAAAUGGGCUACGAAAUAUUGGAUGUCAAUGGUGCGCAGCAAACCGGCUUCAGCUGGUAUCAAUUUACUAUAAGAAGAGGAGCAAGAUGUUCCGCUGCUAAAGCCUUUCUGCGACCAGUCAGAUUGAGGCAGAACCUUCACAUUGCCCUCUUCUCACACGUUACUAAAGUACUCAUAGAUAAAGACAACAAAAGAGCAUACGGCGUGGAAUUUAUCAGAGAUGGUGUCACACAAGUAAUCUACGCUACAAAAGAGGUUAUUUUAUCAGCUGGAGCUAUUGGUUCCCCUCAACUACUUCUAUUAUCUGGUGUCGGUCCAGAAGAUCACUUGAAAGAAGUAGGUGUUGAUGUGAUACACAAUUCUCCUGGUGUCGGGAAAAACUUACAAGAUCACAUUGCAGUCGGUGGGCUUGUAUUUCAAAUCGAUUAUCCUAUCAGUUUAGUAAUGAAUAGAUUAGUUAAUGUAAAUUCGGCUAUAAGAUAUGCCGUGUCAGAAGAUGGUCCAUUAACUUCAAGUAUAGGCUUGGAAGUGGUUGCUUUUAUAAACACAAAAUACGCAAACGCUUCAGAUGAUUGGCCUGAUAUAGAAUUUAUGAUGACGUCAUGUUCAGUGCCAUCUGAUGGUGGGACCCAAGUGAAGAGAGCUCACGGUCUUACAGAUGACUUCUACGAAGAAGUUUUUGGCGAAAUAAAUAAUAAGGACGUCUUCGGAAUUUUUCCCAUGAUGCUUCGUCCUAAAAGUCGAGGAUUCAUAAAGCUCAAAACCAAUAAUCCUUUGGAUUACCCAAUCAUGGUUCAUAAUUACCUAACGCAUCCGGACGAUGUUGGAGUUUUAAGGGAAGGUGUAAAAGCAGCAGUCGCUGUAGGAGAAACGCAAGCUAUGAAACGUUUCGGAGCACGAUUCCAUAGCAAACCUCUUCCGAAUUGCAAGCACUUGCCUUUAUAUACCGACGACUACUGGGAUUGUUUGAUCCGGCAAUACACUAUGACAAUUUACCAUCUCUCUGGCACGACAAAAAUGGGUCCAUCAAGUGAUCCUAUGGCAGUACUCGAUCCACAGCUUCGGGUGUAUGGUGUAGAAGGUUUGAGAGUUAUAGAUGCUAGUAUGAUGCCUACUAUAACUAACGGUAAUAUAAAUGCUCCCGUUAUGAUGGUCGCCGAGAAGGGAGCUGAUCUAAUAAAGGAAACUUGGUUAAAAACUAAAAGACGAAAGAGGUCUUUAAAGUGUACAAAAUCAAAUCUGUCAGGAAAAAGAAAGAAUGCAAGUGAGUGUCAAACGGGGAGAUGA